AAACAUAAAGUGAAUUUGAAAAAAAGAAGUUUGAAGAUUUUUUCAUAGAAAUUUAAAUAAUUUGCACCUUGUUGUUUUAACAUAAUUUAAUUAAACAAUUUAAAAGUGUAUAAAUAAAUGCAAAUUACAUUUUAAACAUUACAUACAAAAAUUAUUAUAUUGCACAAAAACAGAUACUAGCAAAAAUUGAUAUUUUGACAUAAAUUUUAAAAAUGGCGGAAAAAACACCACCUGCGUCAUUAAGUCAACCAGGACGGGAUAAUAAUGAAAAAACCGGAUCAGUUUUUACACUAGAUAAUUUUAGUUCAAGAGCUGAAUUAACUGAAAAAGGUUUACAAUAUGAAGAUGAUUAUAAUCCAUUUGAGAAUCGUGAUCAAGAAAAUUCAAAUUCAACUAUGGGUUCAUUAGCUCAUUUAUUAAAAAGCUCUCUUGGUAGCGGAAUAUUAGCAAUGCCAAUGGCAUUUAAAAAUGCUGGAUUAUUAUUUGGUCUUCUUGGUACUGUAAUUGUUGGUUUCUUAUGUACACAUUGUGUUCAUAUAUUGGUAAAAACUUCACAUCAAAUCUGUAAAGAUAUUCGUGUGCCAUGUUUAGGUUUUGCUGAAACAGCUGAAAAGGUUUUUGAAAAUGGACCAAAAAUUGUUCGACCUUGGUCAAAUUUUGCAAAGCAAUUUGUCGAUGGUUCAUUGAUGGCAACAUAUUUUGCUGCAAGUUGUGUCUAUAUUGUAUUUAUAGCAACAUCACUACACGACGUUGUCAAUUAUGAUUUAAAUCUUGAUUGGGAUGUUAGAAUUUAUAUUGUUUUCACAUUAAUUCCAAUAUUAUUUUUGGGUCAAAUUAGAAAUUUAAAAUGGCUGGUACCAUUUUCGGCAACAGCAAAUGUAUUUAUUAUUGUUACAUUUGCAAUUACUUUAUAUUAUAUGUUUAAUGUGGAAUUACAUUUUGAUGAUAAACCACUUUUUGCUCAAGUUCAUACAUUACCAUUAUUUUUUGCAACUGUGAUAUUUGCAAUGGAAGGAAUUGGUGUUGUUAUGCCAGUUGAAAAUACAAUGAAAAAACCUCAACAUUUCUUAGGAUGUCCAGGUGUUUUAAAUACAGCAAUGAUAACAGUUAUUAUUUUGUAUGCAACAAUAGGAUUCUUUGGAUAUGUUCGAUAUGGUGAUAAAAUUCUUGGAAGUAUUACACUUAAUCUAAAAGAAGGAGAACCGUUAGCUGAUACUGCAAAAUUAUUAAUGGCUAUUGCUAUACUUUUUACAUAUGGAUUACAAUUUUUUGUACCUAUGGAUAUUUUAUGGAGAAAAAUACAACAUAAAAUCCCAGAGAAUCGCCAUAAUAUAACACAAUUUGUUUUAAGAAGUGGAAUUAUAUUUAUAACUGGAGGCAUUGCUGCCGGAGUACCAAAAUUAGAACCAUUUAUUUCUUUAGUUGGUGCUGUUUUCUUUUCAUUAUUAGGUUUGUUUGUACCAAGCUUUGUUGAAACUGUUUACUUAUAUCCAGAUCGAUUGGGACCUUACAAAGUUAUAUUAUUAAAAAAUGUUGUUUUAGGAUUAUUUGCAAUAUUUGCACUUAUUAGCGGUGCUGCUGUUAGUAUAGAAGAAAUUAUUAAAUUUUAUUCUUAAAUAUUAUGUCAUACAAAAAUUAAUUGAUAAAUGUUAAAAAGUCAUAUACUGUUUAAUUAAUUUAGAACCAACAAAAAACAUUUAGUUUUUUGUUAGAUAUUUCCAUGCGAAUUAUAUUUUGUUACAUAAUCUAAUUAGGAUUUCAAAUAUUUGCACUUUGUUUUUGCCCAGUUUAAGGAUUUUAUGUAUGCAAAAGUAAUUCUGUGAAUCUAGUUUUUAAUAUAAUCAUUGUUAUUUAUGACUCAUUGUUUAUUGUAUGUAUAUAUAUGUACUUAUAAUGAUCGUGUAUUUAUAUAUUAAU